AUGAAAAUAAUUAUUAUUUUUUUAGCCUCUUUGUUUGUAUUUUCCACAGCACUCACAGCAGAUAAUGCCAUAAUUAACCUUUAAAAGAUUGAAAAGUCUAGAUUUGGUAGAAAUAUCUUAGACACUAUUUAGCUCUAAUUAAGUGUGAAUGACUAGAUUGGUAGACUUGUUUCUGAUUUACAAAAUAUAGCAACUGAUAUUUAAAAUGAUUAAGCUCAAGAUUAAAAAUAAACAGAACGUAUUUAGUAAGAUUGCUCAAAUGAUUUGAGCAGGUUAGAGGAUGAAAUACAAGAUGCUAACCUAAAAGUAAUUGAAUCUACUUCAGAUAUCACUGAAAAUACUCCAAUCCUGGAAUAAAAAAAAAUUCUAUUGAAACAAAAAAGUGAAAGUUUAACUGCAAACUAAUAAAUUUUAUCUGAUUUAGAUCAAAAUUACGAGAAAAAAUCAGCCGAAUAUGAAGCAGAAAGAGAGGAGCACUCAAAAGCUGAAUCUGUAAUCAGAGAAGCCAAAGAAAUUCUCUAGGGAACAUUUGGAUCUACUAAAUCUUUUAUAAGUAUUAAGAAGCCUAGUGUUCAAUCAUUUGUGUAGGUUUCUAACCACUUCUCUCAUCACUCUAAGACUAACUAUAAGAGAAAGUCUUGGAACUCCUUUUUUAGAAUUCUUUCUCAAUUAUCACAAUCAGCUCCUAUUUAGGCAGAUCCUGGUGCUCUUUAAAAAUUAUUUGAAGUAAUUGAUGAGCUUUUAGAAAAAAUUGCAGAUUCAUUAGAAAUAGAAGCCAAAGCUUUUGAAUAAUUUGAAUAAGAUUAUGAAAAUAAAAAAGAUGAUAUUUUAGACCGUAUAGGAGUUUUGCAAAAAGUAAUUGGAGAAUUAGAUGGAGAAAUCUCCUCACUAGAAGCAUAGCUUUAAGAAGAUGCUAGAGUUAAACAAGUUUAGUAAGAGAGAUCAGAAGAAAAAUAGACAGAAUUAAAUUCUAGAUAAGCUUUUUGCACUGAUUAAUAGAGCCAAUUCGAAAGUAGAACUUAAGAAAGAAAUGAAUAAUUAGAUACAAUAAAAUAAGUUACAGAUAUUAUAAAUAGUCAAAUGAAAGUUCUCAAAAAAUAUGUUACUGAGAGAUCAGACGAAUAAUCCCAAUGA